AUGGUUUACGAACACACAUCAAGACCUCCACAAAAUGAGCCUGGCGAUCAGAACAGAGAUGAGUUGGCCACCAAGCCUGAGACUGAAGGUGUAAACAACACACCAGAACAGGCUGAGGCAAGAUCCCAGCUGAUUCUAGCUCGACUGAAAGCCCUCUCAAAUGGCCUACAGGAAGAGAUCUCAAAAAGGAGCCCAGACCAAGAGAGAGUCUUAAGUUUGUUAGAGAAUGUGAGUGACCACUUGACAGGACCUUGUACCCCCCAGAAGUACGCUGGCAUAGACCAGCUAUCCCACGAGGGGUGGCUGUUCCGGCAGCAUUUCUAUGGGCCAGUAAUUAGUAUGCUGCUUAAUAAUAUCACAGCAGAUGGCUUUCUGAGAAAGCAUAAAGAGUACCAUGACAUUGUCUGGAACCUCAUCAAGGCUGGCUAUUUUGAGGAGAACCUGAAUAUUUUGCUAUGUAUUAUUAGUAAUGCAGAACUAAAAUCUGCCAAAUUGGCUGUCUCUGUUCUUGAGGACCUCUUGUUGUCUAGCUGCUUUUUGGACUGUCUCCUAAGGCGCUGUUCAGAACCAUUAGGGAAAGUUGAGAAUGAUUCCAUGUGGGAUGAAACAGUUCGUCUGUUGGUGUCACUGCCUGAGAGAACAGCCAAUAAGCUUCAAAAAGAUACUCCAGAGAGACUCAUGCCUAGCAGUUUUUGCAAGAUUGUGGCCCUGCAGAUCCUCCAGGCUCUGAUUUGCCUUGCUGAUGGCUUGAAUCAUGAGAUCUCUGGUACUGUGGAACCUGUUGCCAAGCUUUUGGGACAGUUGUGCUAUGUUAGUGACACACAGUCAGUUUUGCUUCCAAUUAUGCAUUGGUUGGGAGUGUGGGUAAAAAAAAAUCCCAUAAUUCAAAGAGUAUCCUUCAAAAUGUUUGCCAAGUUGCCCAGCUUAACAAGUGAAAGGGUCUUGACUGCACUCCUAAAGAUGGAUAUGAAUUCAAAGGAACUCUUCUCUGUGAUUGGAGACUGUGGUGUAACAAAUGCCAAAAUGAAGUAUCUUUUAACACAAAAGUUCCUGAUCACCAGACAUCUUCCUUGUACCCAGUCUGUCCCAACCAUUGUUAAUUACCUUGCUUUGGCAGACCCAACCAAUGAGUUGCUGAAAGCUUCCUUCUGUCAUUUGCUUGAGGUGUGGUGUGACAAGAGCAUUAUGACACACUCCUCCUUUGAGCACCACACCUUCAUCACCAAGGGUCUGAUGGCCUGUCUCUCUCACUUUAACCCAGAGGAUGUUGAGGCUUGCAAGCAUGAAACAAUCCAAAAGCUGUUGCAUGGAAUGGCAAACCACUUGGACAAUCCAAGUCAGGAAAUGAAGGUAUUGGGUAUGGUCGUUGGGGAGGAGUUGACUAAGGUGCUUCACUCUGGGGGACCAAGUCUAAAGUUUGAAUAUGAAGAUGAUGAUCUUACUUUUGAACUGAAAGCUCUUGCUUGUAAAGAGGGAGAGGAGUCUUGCCUAGAAGUGGCUCCAUCAGGUUGUGAUAGUAAUGGUACCUCUCUGUUUGAAGAUUUUGAAGCUGAAUUAUACAUCAUUGGCAUACUGAAGAAAGGUUCCCAUGAGAGGUUGGAAUCUAAGAAUGUAUGCAGAGACAGCCACUUGCAGAAGAGUAAAGAAGAUACAAAAAAUUGCUUGGUAAAAGUGAUUAUGGAAGACCAUUCCAAAAACACGGAAGCUAAAGCAGAACUUGACAGUGAUGACGAUGAGUUUGAGCCCUAUGAUAUGUCAAAUGACACAUGUCAGUCAAAGGUGAAGGAACCUGCAUAUGCUCAAGAAGUUUUAGAAUACAUCAUAGAUGGUGAAGUAGAUAAGGUGGAAGCAGCCCUCAGAGUAUGUGAAAGGAUUGUGCAGCAAGACAUGAAGGAACAAGACUCUGAGUUGGCUGUGGAGAUGACCAAGGUAUUAUUGCACCUUGACAACAAGUACAACCUGGAGGAUUUUGAUGUGAGUCGUGCCAGGUCACUCUGUGCACUCACAGCCUCACAUCCCCGUGAGUGUGCCUUUUACCUUGGAGGAGAAUUUUUUGAAAGAAAUUACACAAUGAAACAGAGAAAGGACAUCCUUCACACAUUAGGGCAGGCAGCUAUAGAACUCUCAGGGGAGUCACCUCAGUCAAACUCACUGAAGUCUUGUCAGCUGAGGAGAGCACUGCAGCCAAAUGUUAUGAAAGAGGCUGCUGGCUUCUUCUUCUUCCCACUUGUGAGAGGUGUCACAGAAUCUCGACCACACCUUGACCUCUUAGAUGCAGACCGCCAUCUCUUGUGUGACCUGCUCCGUACCCUUGGCCUCUUCGUGAGGGUGACAGGCCAGUCUGAGAUUACAACCAAGAUGGCUGGCUGCCUGCUAGAGCUCACCUGGUCCCUUAGGGUCCAGAACGACCCUGAAAUCAGAGGAGCAUGUUUGGAGGGUUUGUCAUCAGCACUGGAGGCCGUCCCAGAUACAGUGCUCCUAUCUCUGGUUCCUGGGGAAAUGAUGGAGCUCCGGCAGUGGCUGGCUGUGACCCUUCAACAGGACAGGGACCGUAGAUGUCAGCUUUUGGCAGCCAAGCUGGCACUCCGGCUGGACAGAUGCUUUGCUGAUAUGAUAGGCCUCCCCAAAUCAUCUUAAAUCUAGUCUGCUGAAAUAGCAAAACAUUUAUAUCAGUGAAGCCAGUGAAUUUGCAUUAUGAGUAUGUGAUAUCACUUUUUUCUAAGUUCUAACAGUUGUAUAUUAUUACGACUUAGCAUGUUAUUUUAUGUUAAAAUAUAUCUCAUCCAUGAGAUCAUCUGGAGCAUAAGCUGUAGCCAGUCUUAACCCAUUAUUGCCAGGGAUGGAAUGUACUUUUAAGCCAUGUCCACUGUGAUCUUAGUCAGUUAGUUUUGUUUACAAUUAUAUGGCUCUGCUUAGUCAAUGAGAAGUCAAUUACUAGUCCUACCUAUUUCACAUUUUACCCUUUUCCUUGAUUUUUUGAAAUAUCCUUUUUUAUGUUAUAAUAGUAUUUUUGAUAACAUUAUGGUAAUCACAAUGCCAAUAAUAAUAACAAUGGCAUUGAUAUAAAUAGUAUCAAAAACAAAACAAAAAACUCAAAAAAUCCUCAAACUCAAGGAAAAGUGAAAUCAGGUGAGGUCAUGUAAGUUUAAUAAUUGACUCAUUGGUGGCUGAACACAUGUGGAGCCCAUAUAUGUGGAAACACAGUAUACAAAACAAAAUUACCAUGGAUAUUUUGUGUUCCCAUUAGCAACGGGUUAAAUAGAGUACCUGAAAACAGUCUCAAAGUUUAGAUUUCAUUUCCAGUGACAAACACACUAAGAAAGAUAACUUUUGGAGAUGAUGUGAAGUGGGUGGUUAACUGAAGUGAGGAAUUUAUUAUUACUGAUUAUCCUAACUAUUAUUAUGAUGAGUAUAUGUUCAUAUUGGUAUUGAUGCUGUUUUUGUUAUCAUUAUUAUUUUUAUCAUUAUGAUCAUUGUCUUCAUUUUUAUUAUUAUUAUUAUUGUUAUUGUUAUUGUUGUUACUUUUGUUAUUAUUAUUAUUGAUUCAUCAUUAUGUUCCUACAAGAGUCAUUAGAUGAAAAAACUGUUUCUUUCAGUUAUUACAUUUGUAUUGUUAAACCCCCAUUUGCUGUACAGGCACAUGGCUGUGAACUUGAUUGUAGUAAAACAAUUACCUUUU